UUUUAAAAUUUGACAUCACAGCGUCUCGUGAAUAUCAGAAGGAUGGAAACAUGAGUUAAUAACCACGCGUUGUUACGGCAUAAUUUAGCCACUUUGAUUCAUCAAGGCUACUUACUGUCCUAUCUUCUCUCUGUAAUAACACAGCUAUUUAAAUGUUUGCUAUAUUGCUCGGUGCGGUAACCAAAUGUAUUCCUAUGCCUUAGAUCCAAAGAACAUGGCUGCAGACUGGUUGGGCAGUCUGGUGUCAAUAAACUGUGGACCAACCCUGGGCAUGUACCAAGGAGAAGUGUCAUCUGUGGACCAGACAAGUCAGACCAUCUCUCUCAGACAACCAUUCCACAAUGGGAUCAGGUGCCCUGUCCCUGAGGUCACCUUUAGUGCUAUGGACAUCAAAGAGCUCAAGUUCCUGGAUAUCCAAAGUCAAAGUGGUGGAUGCAAAAAAAGUGCCUGCCAGCAGGCCUUGUCUGAUCCUGGCAUCAUGUCUUCAGGGCAGAGCGGUCAAAACGGCAGAGGUGGUUACCCUGCCGUCAACCUACAUUCCAACAAUGUUCCAAUUACCAUUCUACAAAAAGCUUCUCCAGCGUCAGCUACUAACCAAGGGCUAAAACAGCCCACGCCGAAAAAGAACGGAGGAGGGGGGCAGGUGAAGCUAAGGGACGAUGAGUGUUUUGGCGCAGACAUGGACGAAGGUCUGGACACAGACUUUGACUUUGAGGGGAACCUGGCGCUGUUUGACAAGGCAGCGGUGUUCUCCCAGAUUGCCAGCACAGAUCGCAAUGGGGCACGAUCCCGAGGUACGCCCGGUGGCGAACGCAGCACACCCACACGUUACCGUCACGACGAGAACAUCCUGGAGGCCAAACCAGUUGUCUACCGGCAGAUUACGGUGUCUCAACAUGGAGGCAAGGAGUACUGCACUGACUCAGGCCUGGUUGUCCCCAGUGUGUCUUUCGAACUUCACAAGCGUCUACUGGCCGUAGCGGAGCAGCAUGGCCUUUCUCUGGAACGGAGGCUGGAGAUGACUGGUGUGUGUGCCAGCCAGAUGGCCCUAACUCUACUGGGGGGCCCCAACCGGCUGACCCCUAAAAAUGACCAUCAGCGUCCCACGGUGGCCCUGCUAUGUGGGCCCCAUGUUCAGGGGGCCCAGGGCAUCAGCUGCGGCCGGCACCUGGCCAACCACGACGUGGACGUCGUCCUCUUCAUCCCCAACGUUGUGAAGAUGCAGGAGUCCAUAACCAAUGAACUCAACCUCUACAGCAAGACCAGCGGCAAACAGGUGGCCAGCAUCAAAGACCUGCCUGUCAGCCCAGUGGACCUGGUCAUAAAUUGUCUGGACUGCCAUGAGAACAGCCUCCUACGGGACCAGGCCUGGUACCAGGCAGCUGCAGAUUGGGCCAACCAGAACAAAGCCCCAGUGCUCACCAUCGACCCCCCAGUGAGUGGCCAGAAGCAGGUCGUGGAGGCCAAGUGGACCCUGUCUCUGGGCCUGCCACUUCCUCUGGAUGGUGGGGAGGCCAGGGUAUACCUGUGUGACAUCGGAGUGCCCAAGCAGGUGUUUCAGGAAGUGGGGAUCAACUACCAUUCACCCUUUGGAUGCAAAUUUGUUAUUCCUUUGCACUCUGCAUAGCAGGACCUGUUUUAAACCAACCGACCUGGCUGAGCACGGCAUUGGGUUGUCAUUGCAGUGCAGAUGUAUAUAGGACCAGCCUCAAGUCCUGCAUAUGCUGAGAGUCCAGGAGCAGUGUCAAUGACUUCAAAGUGGUUGAUGUGUAUAGUUACUGAACAAAGGUUGAAGGGUGAUUUCUAAAAAUACAAUGUGAAUUGCUGGUCGGUUUGUUUUCCCUUUGCUCCUGUGUGACCUCUGGGAGUGUAUCGCGUGCCGUGAGGUACCACUGGAAAUGGUGGGGGGGGAGUUAGGAGAGGAGGGCUUCCUGUCCUGUUGGACUUUGUGAUAAGGGGUCUGUGUGUGUUGCCCUCCAUUAUCAGCCAGUCUAAGUAUGUUAUGUUUACAGAGAGCUGACUGACCGCUGUGACUCUCUAUCUGUGACCCCAGACAUACCGUUGUUUCCUACUGUAGAUUGUGUGUGGAAUGGAAUGGAGACGACCUGGCUGACCCAGUGCCCCAAUGCAGAGCUCAUCUCUGGGAAAGUCCCUAUGAUUUGAAUUGGAGAUUUUUGGUGUCAUUUUUUAUUUGGUGUGUCAUUUAGCUAGCACAGGUGGUAUCUCCGCACCAACUUGUGUCUUGUUUCAAUUACCUCAGGAGAAGUGGUUUAAGAAUUUGUGCCUGUUUUUGAUGAAUAUGAAAGUAUUAGUAUUAGUUUGAAUUGCAUCACUUUUCAGAACUUUAUCUGCAAUAGAAGAUGUAAAGUGGUGCCAAAUGUUUCAUUGUACCCGAGUCACCAUACAAACAAAUCAUUUAUUUCUGUCUUAAACUAUUUCAUAUGAGUACAAUCUUUGAAUCCUGUUGGAUCAGGCCACAUUGUUUACAAAGUUUAGUAGAUAAAAGCUAUACAUAUAAAGAUUACACAGUCUACCUCUGUUGCUGUGGCUGUUUUCUCAGCUGUAUUUUUGUGGUUGUUUUUGUAACAUGUCAUUUGCCAGACAUUACAAAUUACUUAAUAUUACUGAAUUUAUUUGGAGAUAAAUGGUCUAGUUAGGUGUUUAGAGGUAGCCAAUUUUCCUAAUACUGGUCAGUCUACCAUUGAUUUCACAUUUUUAUAUGAAUGGGUUUGUAUUUCAUUUGUGCAGGCAUUACCUAAUUUCAAUUCGCACAAUAAGGCUUGGAUGAGAAGCCACAGUAGAUUAGAGUAGGAAAGUGUUGUUAAUUCUUUUUAAACUGAGCAUGUAUUUGGUUGGAUUGGUAUGAAAGGUUUGUAUAAACAAAUCUGCGAUUGGCAACCUGUUAGGGCACCAAAUAUGUCUCAAUUGUUUGCAAACGAUAAGCAAUUUUCCAAACACAAUUGGUAAAUUUUUGUAUAGUUUAGUUUUGCUCUGCUGCAGAGGGGGUCUUUCGGAAUCCAGCUAUUGGUGUGCACAUCAUUCUCUUGGAAGUCUUGAGGAUAUCAGAACUGAUGUUAGUGUAAAAUAUUAAAAAAAUAUAUUUUGGCCUUGUUGGGCUCUAAGGCAGCUGUUGGAUUCUGAGGAGAUCAGUCUUAUAAGAGAUUUUUUGUUGUCAUCUAAAAGUGCUAGUUUUAAAGAUAUAGUUCAGGAUUUUUGCUGCCAAACCUUUUAUCAACUUAUCAUAGUCAUGUGAGGCUGUGAAUGCCACCUGUGUGGAAGAUUUUUGAGGUGGUUACCAGACACACUGCCAACUAACUAGCAUUAAUGCAUGGACUUUAAGGCAUUGUGCUAAAGUUAAUAAGAACAUUAUGAAGAAUAAUAUGAAGGUCACACUAUUUUGCAAAUAUCUCUUUCUAAACUGCCUUUUACAGACUAGUGGUCCUUUGCUUGGCAAUGCAUGACUGCCCUUUUUCCAGUAUAUUUGCUGUUGUGCCAAUGAAAGUUUGGUUGACUGUAAAAUAGUAACUUAUUUUAAAGUUACUAAUGGUCUUAUGGUAAUUUUGUUACAAAGGUUUUGGCAGAAAAUAAGCCAUGUUUUCCUACUGCCAAGUAAUCAUUUUCUGAAGGACAGUAAUUGUUUUUCAGAAGUGUCCUCUGAGGUAGCUAGCAAAAGGAUAAUGGGUUACAUUAUAUGAAAGAAAUAAACUUUUUGUUUGUCCAUUUCAUUCCAGAUUUAAUCUUGUUUUCUUUUUGGGUGGAAUUGGUGUAUAGACUCUGGAUUAAUAAACAUACUUUAUCAUAACUUCAGGAAGGCAAAUGUACCAUGUUACUGUGUCUGCAGUCAUGGUCCAGGUUUGGGUUAUUUAUACUGAGAUUAUGAUUGAAUUCAAUCAGUCAUGAAUUAGAUUAUCUUUUAUGGUAAAUACGGUGGUGUAAAUGCUACAUGCACCAUUAUUUAAUGUUUUGCAAUUUCUCCUAACCACACUUUGAUGCAACUGAAACAAUAUUUUGUCAUGUGGAUGCUCUGCAUGUCUGGGUGUCUGGUGUCUGAGGAUACAUUUCACAUGUUGUCUACCAGAUGGUUCUAAGUAGCCACAGCCAAUCGACAUUUCAUUUUCUCAAUGAGACAAUACUUCCCCAUUCUCUUCUCUUUCUCAAAACUAAAUCCAGAGAGCAGCUGUUAGCCUUAUAGAAUUUAGGAAAUAAAAGGUCUGUUUGUGUUGCGGUGACUGGGUUGUUGUCACAUUAACGCCAACUUUUGUUUUUGGGGUUUUAACCGGAAUUUUUUUUUCCCAAUUGUGUUUUUUUCCAAUUGUGGACUCUGACUGUGUCUGGCUAUAUAAUCUUGUGCAUGUAAAAUCUGAAUUUUCUUGUAGAAUCUAGUUGAAACCAGUCAGUAUCCUUCAAAUCCAGUUUGAGUAAUCAGGGAGGUAACUCGGAUCAACUUAUAGAGUCAGACUCACUCUUGCCUGCCAAAAUUGCAUCACAGAGGUUUUAAAAAUUGCCUCAUCGUCCUUUUUGUUGUAGGAAGAAAUGGUAUUAGUAACUUUUUGUGUUAAUAGUAAGUAAUGAUAAGUAAUGAAUGGCUGCACAUUUCAUAGCAUUUUUCAGAGCAUUACUUAAUGAAUUUGGAGGUAUUUUUUUUUCCAUGAAGAUUUUUGCCAUUGCCUUUUGAAAUAGUCUAGGCAAUUGGUAAAUGAUUAUUAAAAAUACAGAAAUGCUUACCUGGCAACCCUGUUCCAGGCAAAAGCUAAUCCCGUUUUGUUAGUUUCUUCUCCACAAGGAAACAACCAUAGCAUUUGCUUCUCCCAGCAACCGAUGGGUUGCAUUUCAGUGGUCCCAGAAAUAUAUAGGAUGGGCCUUGGCCAGAACCCUUGUGGAUGAACCAACAUGUAACAAAAUCUGUGGCAUUGUGUUAUCAAUUGGCAUGCUGACUUGCACUAAUGUCUAGAAGAGGUGAUGCCUGAGAUUUGUAUGUUAAUUUCUCUACCAUAAGCUGCAUCUAACCUAAUUUUUUUCAGAAAAAUUUCCCAGUUUUCACUGCACCUGGCAGUAAUUCAGUAAAAUCAAAAAAAAAAAAAAAAGAAUUACAUUGAUUUAUAUGUAUACUUCUGACUUGUUUUCAUUGUGUAGCCAGAGGAAUACACCAUAGUCACUUCAAAUUAACAGCACUGAUAAUGAUGAAAAAAGACAGUUGUAUGAAAUAAACACAGGUAAUGAGCUA